AUGAUUGAUCCUGAAGAUAUUAAACCUACUUAAUCGCCUUAAAAAUAAUUAAAAAAUGAAGUCCAUAUUGACUUAAAAGUCUAGGAUUAUAAAAUAUAAAAGACUCAAAGUGCAAACACCAGUUUUAGUGCCGGUGAGGAGUUUUAAAAUACUGAACAAGUGAGAAGAAUUAAAAGUGAUAAUUACUACUAAAAUGAAUCUCAAUCUUAAUAUAAUUACAAGCAUAAUUCAAAUAAUAAUAACAAUAAUAGUAGUAGGUUUUAAUAAUAAGAGAAAUGGCAAUCAAAUCAUCAAUACUAAAAUGAUUAGUAAAGAAGAAAGAAUUGGAGAUAUAAUAAAUUUAGCAAUUUUUAAAAUUCCAUCAAUCAACCGCCUGUACCUCAAAAAUUCAUGAACUAUCAGAUAAAUUAAAACUUAUAAGCAUUCUCUAAUGAUAAUGCAAGUAAUUAAUUAAACCUUUUCAAUGUGCAGAAUAAUGGUAUUCCAUAAUUAAAUUUAUUGAAUCCUUUAUUUCCUACAAUUUAAAAUAAUCCUCCUAAAAUUCCUUAUCCUCCGUAACCAGGAUUACCUCCAAAAAAUACUGUGAUUUAGCAGAUAAAUUAGAAUUAGUUUGGGAAUUCUUCUUUGAAUUAGCUAUCUUCAUUAAAGAUUCUCUAAAGUAUCAAUUAAGCAGAAGGUUCUUUGAGUACCAAUUAACUGAAUCAGAGUAUUAGAAAAAAUAGUGGAGGAAUUGGUGUCCUAUUAAACUCUAGUACUUAAUGUAGUACUAAAGAAUUAGAUAACUAAAUUUAAUAGUAACUUGAUGAAUAUAAAGAAGAUUAAAAGAAUAGAAACUAUUCUAGUUGGGCAUCUAUACUGAAUCAGAAUUCUAAUCAAAAUUACUUACUUGAUUUAGAGCAGAAAAAUGAUAUUAUUUAGACAGAUUUUUAUAAUUAGCAGCUUUAAAUUUAGCUUGAAGAAUCUACUUCAAAAUUGGACAAAGGUAAUAUAGUGCAUUACUAGGUUGACAUAAGUGAAUAGGAUAAUUGCUCUCCCUUUGAGUACUUGAAGUAAUUCAAAAUAGAUAACAAUGCGAAUAAAAGCCUGAGAGAGGAUUACUUAGAUUUGAUGGCUAAUUUGGAUUUAUAUACUGAGAAAUUGUAUUAUGCUAUUUAAGAUAAAGCAGCAGAUCACUUAAAAAAGAAUAAUUAUAAUCUAUCUACUUUAUUGUAAAACAAUAAUGUCAAUAACUAUCAUCCUAAUUCUUUACAAUCUUAUUAGUAGUAGUAAUAAAUGAUUUAGAAUCAACGUAAUAACGCAAAAUAGAUUAUCAAAGGAGCAGUUCAAAGUGUUUUGGAAUAUAGCGAAACCCGAACUGUGGUUCCUAGAUAUGCUAGAGAUGGUGAUUGGCUUUGUCAAUGCGGGAAUCUCAAUUUUUAACAUAGAAAUACUUGCAAUAAAUGCUUUGUUGUUAAGCCAAAGUAUCAGUAUACUUAAAAUGCAGAAAUCACUUAGCAAUUAGAUUAAUUUGAGAAGCAGCUUAUGAAUAUUGAUUCUACAAUAGCUCCCCCUCCUACAUAAGAUGAAUUUAUUAGUGUACAAAGAUAAAUAAUUUUAAAUGAUUUUAUUUGGGUCUGUAAGUGUUGUAGGACAAUCAACUAUAGUAAAUCAUCAAUGUGUAAUUCAUGCAAGAUGUAUAAAUAUAUUGACAGAUCUAAACUUUUAGAGAUUACUAAAAAAUCUCAAAAUAAGCUCUGUAAAUACGCCUUUAAAAUGCAAGAAAGGCAUAAAAAUUAGAUAGAAAACCUGAAAGCUGCUUAAUAUCCUGUAGAAGAUGAAGAUACUCAAGAAGCUAAUAGCAAAAAAGAACAAAUAUGUAGCUAAGAAGUGAGUGAAGAAAGCUAGUAGUAACUUAAUGACAAAAAUAUUUAUGACAUUGGAUUUAAUUCUCAAUCUAUUUAGAUAUCUUCUUCGUCAUGUUCAUCAUCAGAUGAGGGUUCUUCUAUCAACCAUUAUCAAAUUGAAGACUUAAAUAAAACCCAUUUGUAGAUUUCCCUUAAUAACUCUUAAAAUCACAUAACAUUAAAUGUAUCUACUGAUUCUGAUACAAAAUAGAAUCAGAGUUAAAAUUUAGAAAGAAGAUAAAAGGAUUCCAUAUAUAUUUUAGAUCAGCUUGAUAAGUCUUGUGAUGCUGAUAAUUCUUCAUCUGAUUCAUUAGAGUUCGAUUCAUAGGAGCAUAAAUCAAACAAGGUGAAUUAAAAUUUAAAAUAAGAAAUGAGUUAUAAGGUAAAUGGUUCAAAAAAAUAAACUCCUUAAAGCAAAAAGAAGUCAGUCAUAAAAUCUUCAGUAAUAUCAGCCAAAUCAAAGAAGAAAAGUUCAAAAAUUAAAGAAUUUUGCUUUUUGGAAGAGUUAAAUGAAGAACCUUACAAAAAGUUAAAAGAAGACUAUGAAUAAAUUCUAACUUCAGAUAAUGAUAAGACCAUUUUAGAUGAAUCAAUAGCAGAAACAGAUGAAAAACCUGAAGAAAAAGUGUAAGAAAUGAUCGAAGAAGAUCCCCAUUAAAAUUAAAGAGAAUUAAACUUAAAUUUAAUCAUAAAUGAAAUUAAACCAGAAUUUGAAAAACAAAAUUAAUAAUAUCAAUAAUAAAAAAUGGAAAGUAAUAAUUAAAAUUGUAACUAAAAUGAAAAUUAAGACUGUGACCUUAAUAAAGCUUUGAUUGAAACAGGAGAAUAAAAUUAAACUUAAAAUGAAUCUCUCAAUGAAAUUACUAUAAAUGUUUAAUCAUCAUUAGAAGAUAUAAACGAAUUUUGCAGCUAAAACAAUACAAACUAAUAACAAUCUUCAAUAGGUGAAGAAGAAGAAUCUCUUUUAAUGGGAUUAGAUGAUAAAGAUUUUUUGGAUGGUUAUUUUUCAUGA